AUGAUUUCCAGUAGAUCAGUUUUGAGAAAAAUUGGUCAAGCUAAUUUAAGAACGGUUUCGUUGAACAGUACCAGAUUAUUUUCCAGCACUUUAAUCAGACAAAAUGAAAAUGAAGAACUUGUAGAUUUAAAUAAAUUACCAAGAAAGGAUCCAGGUGUUCCAAUCGUUCCGUUAGUCAACCCAGUCGACUACUAUAAGGACCAAUCGGAAGAGUUGCAUAAGUUCGGUAAGUACAUCAUGGGAUGUUUACCAAAGUUCAUCCAACAGUUCUCAGUGUGGAAAGACGAGCUUGUGAUUUAUGUUGCACCAUCAGCAUUGAGACCAACAAUGAUGUUCUUGAAGAACCAUACUGCUGCACAAUUUAAGGCGGUGAUGGAUGUGACUGCUGCGGAUUACCCAUCAAGAACCAAUAGAUUUGAUGUUGUGUACAACAUGUUGUCAGUUCGUCACAACUCCAGAAUCAGAGUCAAGACGUACGCCAGUGAAGUCAGUCCUGUUCCAUCUAUUGUUCCAUUGUUCCAAGGUACUAACUGGUUUGAAAGAGAAACGUAUGAUUUGUUCGGGAUCUUUUUCGAAGAUCAUCCAGAUUUGAGAAGAAUUAUGACGGAUUACGGUUUUGAAGGUCACCCAUUAAGAAAAGAUUUCCCUACUACCGGUUAUACUGAAGUCAGAUAUGAUGAAGAAAAGAAGAGAGUUGUUUACGAACCAUUAGAAUUGUCUCAAGCCUUUAGAAACUUCGCUGUUGGUUCUUCUGUUUGGGAACCAGUUGGUGAUGGUAAAGAUUUCACACCGGAAUCGUUUAAAUUACCUACCCCAGAACCAGAACCAACCAAAGAUGACGAUGAUAAAAAAUAA